CUUACAACAACGCUUGGGUCUGGAGAUCCGGAAGUUAAAAAGCACCUCCACACUCCUCUUAUCUGCGCACCUGUAGAAGUUGUACCUUCACUUACCAUACCGGAGGAUAAGGCAACCGUGAACAUAAAAGAUGGGCGAGGAAUACAAUCUCGAGGCCGGGAAAUUUUACACAUCGUGCGGUAAGACACACGUCAAUUGCCUGAUAGUAAUACUGGUACUAGGGGCUAUAGGGAUAUCUGUUGGAAUGAUUGUCUAUCUAUCAGCUAACGUGACAGAAACGCAAAGUCAACAUGACAUCGUUGCCAACAACGCACCUAUCUACAACCCCACAUCAAGAGACUUUACGACAACGAAAUCGCCAACAGUGACAACGAAGACAUCGACAAGGACAGAGGAAAUAACAACGAAACUCCCACAUGUUGUGACAACUACUAAGGUUGUUAUGACGACCAAGCCGUAUAUAACGACAACCACAAAACCGAACAAUGCUAUUUCUGACAAAAACACUAGUGCAGCGCCAUUGUCAACAUUGACGAUGGUUAAAGAUGCCAGUAAAUCAACAAUCGAAGAAAGCCAUACUACGCCAGUUAGUGUAAUGGCAACAAACAAAGACGAUAAAACAACACAAAAUUCUACUGUACUGAAAACAACAGCCAGAGAUUCGAAUACAACGCGACCGCCGGUAUUGACAACAAACAAAGAUGAUAAAAUAACACAAAAUUCGUCUUUACUGACAACAACAGCCAGAGAAUCGAAUACAACGCAACCACCGGUAUUGACCACAAACAAAGAUGAUAAAACAACUCAAAAUUCUAUUGUACUGACAACAAAAGCCAGAAAAUCGAAUACAACGCGACCGCCGGUAUUGACAACAAACAAAGAUGAUAAAACAACACAAAAUUCGUCUUUACUGACAACAACAGCCAGAAAAUCGAAUACAACGCGAUCGCCGGUAUUGACCACAAACAAAGAUGAUAAAACAACUCAAAAUUCUAUUGUACUGACAACAACAGCCAGAGAUUCGAAUACAACGCGACCGCCGGUAUUGACAACAAACAAAGAUGAUAAAACAACACAAAAUUCGUCUUUACUGACAACAACAGCCAGAGAAUCGAAUACAACGCAAUCGCCGGUAUUGACAACAACCCAACACGAUAAUACAACACAAAUUUCGUCCGUACUGACAACAAUAGCUAAAGAUUCGAAUACAAUGCGAUCGCCAGUCUUGACAAGGAUAAAAGACGAUAAUACAACACAAAUGUCGUCCGUACUGACAACAAUAGCUAAAGAUUCGAAUACAACGCGAUCGCCAGAAUUGACAACAACCAAAGACUGAUGUAAACACCCUACCACAAGUGUUGACAAUAGUCAAUAAUGCUUAUGCAACAACUGUCAAUUAUAUCAGCUGUCAAAGAUUCUUCUACCGCGAAACCUUCAAUCAUAACAACGACUCCACAUGCGAAUGCAUCACAACCGUCGGUUUUGACCACAAAAGAAGACACUUAUACUUCACAAUCAUCGGAAUUGACAACGAUUAAGACCACAACACACCCGUCAGUAGUGACAACUCUCGUAGAUAUUAGUGCUUCGGGACCGACAGUACAGAAGACUGUCGAAGGUACCAGUCGCGAGUACGAUCAACAUAAAACUUUCACACCAUAGUCGGUAUUUGUAUCUUUCAAAGAUAACCUAGAUACAAUGAGAAAUAUUUUGGUAGGUAAAACGCGAAUACCUUUUGAUGGCACCAAUCAACACUGUAAAGAUGAACCCAAGCAAUACCCACUUUGACGGGUUAUUUGAAAAUAUUGAAAUACGACGUCAGAUAUUAUACUACUGAUUCCCACACAUUUUGGCAGAAUUUUCCCGUCUUGUCUUUAAAAUAAGAUAAAAGGAUAAUUAAAUGAUCUCUCGUUUAACAUUACAAAUGUUUCACGGGUAUCAAAGAAUAUCGAUAUUUUUCACGAGGCUGAAAUGUAUAGUAGUAAUGAAGAUUUGUUAAAGUGUUGUGUAUAUUCAUUUGUAAACACAUGCGCGAGUUUAAUCAUAUAUGUUUGUAUAUAGUAUCAUAAGGAUGUUCACAUAAAAUGUAUGUGUAUACACGAGCUUGUAUAUUAUUGUACGUAUGUGUGUAUGGUCGCAUGUGUGCGGUGCGAGUAUUGCGAUUAUAUACUUGUUUGUAAAUUUGGUUUGUAGUACUUUCAGAUUAAAGAAAAUCAAUCAGUUAGCUUGUAAAAUAGUCAUCAGUAUCUUGGAUACGAUCAGAUAACCACCUCCUUUUGUGUAAAUAAGGUUUGAAGUAUAUUACAAUACUACACUUAAUAACUUGUAAGUCUAUACAUAAAGAGAUGUAACCCCGUUCAUAAUUUACGAUAUAUGAAUACUCUGAAACUAUGCUAUACAUGCAUGGCGGGAAAAUGUCAUUUCGUUUACAAUAAGUGUCGAUAUAUUUUAAUAAAUUGCAUAGAAAAAUUCAAUAUGUAUUAUCAAAAAUGUGAAUUUCUAAAAUGGCGCAUUAGUCCCUCUAACCUUUCCCAUAAAGAACUUAUAUUCAUUUAAAUAUUAUAUCAGUUUUAAAUACAAUUGUAUCAUGUUAGAGGUUAAAUUUAUUUGCAUACAUAUGAAUCAUUAUUUUAUUGUUUAAUUAGAUUGUUUUGUGAAUGUUUUAUUAAAAAGGAUAUACAAAAAUAAA